AUGGAAGAGAAAAUAUCAAAAGCUCGAGAAAUUGUAAGUUCUACAGGACAUAAUGUCAUAUAUUCAGAUGUGUGCUACCAGAACUCCAUAUCAGUUGACAAAUCUCAGUCCAUUAUUUUACUCACAGACUACAACUUGUAUUUUUUCAAUUCAAUUCUCAUGAAAAUCUCGCUCACAUUUCCAUGGCUAGAAAUUAAGUACUACAAUCCACAAGAAUCUCACAUCGACAUUCGUUUUCCUCGUUUUGAAUUUUUUAUUUCUUCUAACAACCUCGAAAACAUUAUUAAAAACAUCGAUUUCUGUCUCACACAAAUCUUUACACCAGAUGAACUCCACAAUCUUAAUCAAAAUCACUUCAAUAAAGUCAAAUUUUCAAAAUCAGGUCCGUCUACACUCAUUCGAUACUCCGAAUACUGUCACAUUCACUCCAAAUCAGUCUCUCCAAAUAAUAUUUCUAUUCUUUCUGACAUUUUAAGUCGCCAACGAACAACACUUGAUAAUAGUUAUUUUUCCGAUCCAAUUUCCUCACUAGAUUCCAUUAUCUACAGUACCGAAAUCAUUCCAUGGAUAAACAAACUUGUUUUACACGAUUUCCCAUAUUCUAAUUUAUCACAACAAUUUUCACGUCUUUCGAGUCUAUUUCGUCAUUUUCAACACAUCGAAUUUAUCUCAUCAACACAUACAAACAUCAAACAUUUCACAGAAUCGAUUCUUUCAUCGCAUUCUACACAUAUUUCAGGAAUUACAUUUGACAAACUUAAAUUGACAGAAGAAACAAUAAACUCCAUCUACAAUCUAUUUUCUGGGCUCAAAUUACCUUCUUUAGGACUUUGUUACACUCAAAUUCCCCAGUUUUUCUACAAAAAUUUCUUUAAAUUGAACAUAAAUUUAUCUCUGAAGUUUUUAUCACUUGACAACUGUUCCGGAAUUGAUUUAGACCUUUUGAUGGAGAAUAUCAAUGAUGUUUCAGUUCUUUCUCUUGAAAACUGCUCUCUAGAGAUUUACGACAUUUUGUUUUCGAUUUCAAAGUACAAAAUCGAAAGUUUGAAGGUGAUAAAUGUCUCUAGAAACAAAGCAUCACUAAUGCCAUUUGCCGGAUUCAAUCUUCCUUCUAAACUGUUCUCUUUCGCAGCUAAUUCCGUUCAAUGGAGUGAAAACACAUUUAGAAAUUUGGUUGGAAAAAUUUUAGUUUCUCCAGGAAUUUGUAAAAUUGCAUUUUCUGGUGCAGUUUGCAGCGAAAAGGAGAUGAAAGCAGUGACAACAUUGAUGUCGAGAAGCUCAUGCACAUCAAUACAGUCAUUGACAUGGAAUGACAAUCCAAUUAACAUGAAUUUGUUUGAUUUCAUCAAGAAAAAUGAAAAAAUGCAAUUUUUGGCUUUGGCCGGUUGUUUCCACGAAAAACAGUCGAAAAUUGCAGUUAAUCUGCUGAAUUACUUAGAAUCGAAACCGAGUAACUUGUCUACUUUGAUUAUCAGAGGAAAUGACAAGUGUUAUCUCGGGAGAUUGCUUCCAAACAUUUUAGUUUCUGCUGCGAGUUGUCCGAAAUUGAAACAUUUAGAUGUCAGUUUCUCAAGGGCUGGAAACAAAGGUGCUGCUUUUAUUGAGAAAUUGUAUAGUGCGAAAACACAUAUUGAAGAGUUCUGCAUUGAUGGAUUGUCUCCAAUUACUUUUCCAUCAAUUAUGAGUCUGUUAAAAGUUGCAUGUAAAUCUAAAAUAAAAACAACAUUUCCUUUCAAAGAUGUUGAAAAACUUGUUCAAAGUGGAAGAAUUUCGAAAGAAGAAUCAGAAGAAGCAAAGAAUCUGAUGAAGAAAAGCUAUAGUUCUAUUGAUUCUCCUCUUACGAAACCAUUCUUUUUGUACGAAGACAACUACGAAAACAGUUUUCCUAAAUAUGCAACAAGAGAUGAAUGCGAAGUUUUGUCAAAAAUCAAUGAAAAAGUAAAAGAAAAUGAAGAAAUUUUUGUCAAUCAAGAGACAGAAAUCAAUGAUGAACAAACAACUCAGGCGUAUACAGUAGCUACAAGAGAUAUUCCUGUACAAGAAAUAGUUAAGAAGAGAGAUCUUUCGGACUUGAGACCAGAACCUUUGAUUGUUCCUCACCUUGAAACAACAAUUGAAGAAAACGAAGAAAACGAAAGUGUUGAAGAAAGAGAAUUGACUACAGAAGAAGGAAUCGAAAUUCCGAGUAAGUUUUCAUCUGAACGAGAACGAAGAAAUAUCAGAAUAAAUGUUGAAUCAGUACAGGAACUUCCUACUAUUGAUAUCCUGCAGGAAUUUCAACAUCCUUUGUAA